AUGACGUUCUUGGUCGCGGCUGCCGCCGAUGCCGGCCUCCCUUUCAUAGCUGUGACCUUCAACUAUCGCAGUUCAAUCUGGGGUUUCCUUGGCGGCCGGCAGGUCUCGGGUUCAGCGAACGACAACGUGGGGCUGUACGACCAGCGCAUGGUGCUCCGGUGGGUGCAGGACAACAUAUCGGGAUUCGGAGGAGACCCGCAGAAAGUGACCAUCUGGGGUGGCAGUUCGGGGGCGGAUGACGUUGGAUUUCACCUGACCGCCCGGGACACGACAGAUGGCUCGCUGCGAUUGUUCCGCGCAGCCAUAUUGCAAAGCGGCAGUCCCGUCUCGACAACGAACACGCAUGGUGAAGGAUUCCUUGAAGACAUCUACCAAGAGAUUGCGAGCACCACCGGCUGUGUCGACAGUGACGACGACUCCCUGGACUGUCUGAGAACCUUGCCAUUCGAAGAGCUCAACCAAGCGUUCCAGAAGGAUUCUGAUCCUGACGGUGUUCGUCUAUUCAGGUCAUCAUUCCCCACUUUGGACGGACACUUGAUUCCGGGAUUUGCUAGCCUCAGACUGAAAGCGUCUCAGCAUGCACAAGGAAGCACCUGGAUAUCAGAUCGUGUCACAGAUUGGAGCUCAUUUCGUAACUAUUUGGUUGUGGACAAGAAAUACCCAGCUCAUGUUGUGGAUCGCCUCAUGAGCCACUACACAGCCAGGGAAACACAGCCAGACGACUUGCUCCAGCCCCCGAUCAAGUCCAUCUCAAGCCGCAUUGAUUUUGAACGUAUCGAAAGACUAAGUGGAGAUCUCGAGAUCAAUGCUGCGGACAGGCUUUUGUGUGAGAGAUUCUCUCUCUCGGCUGGCUGUUACACUUACCGGUUUGACGCUCCCACCCCGAGUGCCAAUGAUCCUCGCUUGGGUGUCCUGCAUGGCGCCGAGAUCGGGCCACUUUUCCAGAACACCGCAGGACUGGGAUUCGACCAGAACCCUUUCAGCAAUCAAGAGCCGGGCUAUCUCAAGAUGUCACGGAUGAUGGGGAUCGCUUGGGCAGGAUUCAUUGCCGAGCUGGACCCUAAUCGUGGACUCUCAGAAUUCAACUUGUCCUGGCCGCUGUACUCGCUGGGAAGAAAGGAAAGCAUGAUCUUUGACAGCAGCGAGUGCAGAGUCGAAAGGGAAAGCGACCAAAGAACUCGGGCUUUGGACUAUAUCAAUGGUAUUCAGCAUACUUUGAUGCUGAGGUAG